AGAAAAUAUAAAUAUUGUAGAUCAGUCGAAUGUGACCUCUUAGGAAGGUUGCUUGGAGAGGAACUAUUCGAUUAAUUAGUAAUAUGUUUAAUAGAGGCUUUGGAUAAUUAUACAGUAGCCUAAAUCGUUGGUAUCGCCCUAUUCGUUAGAAAAUUUUAAGGUCAAACUUCGGUCAUAUGUGUUUAUAUAAAGGGCGCACGUAGACAAUUCGAAAAAUUUAUAAAAGUUGGAUACCAGUUUUAUUGGGUUAGAAGUCUCCUAGUGUAAUAUUGGCUCAACACGAAAGGAUACGUUAGCAGAUGCUUUGUCUGGAUAAUUAUUUUUAUUCGACCGUUCAACAGAAUAUGAUGCAUGGUCUUGAACCCCAUGUGAGCAAUCUGAUGAAUGGAUAUAAUAAUAAUAAUAAUAAUAAUAAUAAUGGUAUUACACAGAUAAACAGAUCAAAUAAGCGAAUAGAAAAGUAAGUUGUUUAUUUAUUAUAUUAAAAUAUGAUAUAUUUUUAUUAGAGAGAGAGAGAGAGAGAGAGUGUGUGUAUGUGUAAAGAGUUAAAUCUAUAUAAACAUAUAUAUUGAUGCUUUGUUUUGGAAUAGUAGCUCAAUGAUAAAGAAUGGUUACAAUCGCAAGCUAUCAUCUUCCAACUCGAUCGACGAUGAAGACGAAUUCGGUCAAAGAGCAAUAAGAAAAGCAACCUAUAAACGAUCUAGUUCGGAAGGCGCCCCUAAAAUACCUAUCGAUUUUCAGAAGACAAAAAGUGUUCGAUUUGCCGAUUGUCUUGGUCUGGAUUUAGUCUAUGUUAGGGAGUUUUGUAAAUCACCGCCAAUUCUUCGCCGAGUUCCUUCCAUCUCAGAUUAUUGUAAGAUGAAGGAAGAUUUUGAUUCCAAGUUUCAAUGUCAAUUUGAACAACCUUCUUGUCAAUCAAACUUUUAUGAAAAGCUACACGCUCAAAAUGUGGUUUUGGAGAGUAUAGCUUCAGAGGAUCAACACUUAAUAGUUGGUUUUAUACUUUGCGUAAAUCUGGCAUACAAGAAGAACGUUGGUAUUCGUGUCACAACAAACAAUUGGAAAACUUGGGAAGAUUCUACUGCUAACUUUUAUGAAGAUACUCGUCCAAGUCAAUUUACUGACAGAUUCAUAUUUAAAAUUGAUCCAUCAACUUUUAAAAAUGGGAAGAAAAUUGUAAAUUUAGAAUUUGCUGUUUGGUAUAAAGUCAAUGGAAUGGAAUUUUGGGAUAAUAACUCCAAGAAAAAUUACAUAAUUGAAGUUAAAUUUUGA